AUGAAAAAAUGCUUACGGUCCAACUUUUUGCCUCAUAACUUUCAAAGGUUGAUGUACCAGCGUCUGCAGAAUUUAAAACAAGGGGCUAAAUCGGUUGAUGAUUAUACAAUUGAGUUUUACCAGUUGAUUGCGAUGAAUGAUAUUCAAGAACCGGAGGAGCAACUUGUUUCCCGGUAUAUUGGGGGUCUAAGGGUUCAGAUCAUGGAGGCCGUGAAUCUUUUUGAUCCGUUAACCAUUCCUGAGGCACACCAACGGGCGUUGACCUUUGAGAAGCAAAACCGUCGGGUGGGCGGUUCAUUUACCCCCGCUGGGGGAAACGUUGGGUCAGGCAGUGGGGCACCUCGUGGCGGGCCUAGUCAGGGGAAGCCGGGGGGUAGUAAUACCGGGCCUACUUCUAAGGGGGCUAGCAGUAGUGGUCCGAGAUGUUUCAAUUGUGGUGAAACAGGCCAUCGUCAAGCUGAGUGCAAAAAGGCUGGUAAAAGACACGUAUUUGCUGAGUCUGAGGAUGAACAGUAUGAAGAAUAUGAGAAUAACCCAGUGUACGAUGAAGAAACUGAAUAUGAAGAGGAGGUUGUGACCGGUGAUGUUGGGGUAAACUUGGUGGUUAGACGUUCUUGCUAUACACCAAAGGUAGAUGGUGAUGACUGGCUGAAACACAACAUCUUCCACUCAACAUGUACCAUUUUGGGGAAGGUUUGCACAUUUGUCAUUGAUUUGGGGAGUUGUGACAAUCUGAUUUCUGAAGAGGCAUUUCAAAAGUUGGCCUUGAAGACAGAGAGUCACCCGAAACCGUACAAGCUUCAAUGGCUGAAAAAGGGAGGUGAAGUGACGGUAUCUAAAAGGGCACUUGUUUCAAUUUCCAUUAGGUCCACGUACAAGGAUGAUGUCGUGUGUGAUGUGGUCCCUAUGGACGCGUGUCACUUAUUGUUGGGCAGACCUUGGGAGUACGAGCGUGAUAUAGAACAUAACGGGCGGUCCAAUACUUAUAGUUUCCUGUUUGGUGGUGUGAAGAUCACUCUUGUUCCUAGCAAGCCUAAGCAGUUAGCCACGAAACAGUCGGGUACUCUGUUGACCAUUAGUCAGUUUCAAGAUGAGUUGGAGGAAGCAGACAAUGUUUUUGUUUUGAUUGGGAAGCCUGUGGCCGAGGAAGUCGACAUUCCUGAAUGUAUGGUUCCGUUAUUCGAGGAGUUUGUUGAUGUUUUCCCAGAUGAUUUACCUGCCGGGUUGCCACCCCUACGAGACAUCCAACAUCACAUUGAUUUGGAACUGGGUCCCAGCUACCCAAUAAGCCCCAUUACAAAAUGA